AUGUCCACGCUUCUGCCGUUUCGAGACAAAUGCCUACCGCCGGUGCCAGCGACAGCUUCGAUGUACCACCACGACCCCCUCCUUUACGUGAAACGCCAGUCGAACCAUAUCCAGCGUAACCUACAGACUUUGAUUGACGCGCAGAGUGAGGGUCUGCUCUCAGGCCUUGCACAGCAUCAGCCCGAUGGUACCUCGGAUGGGAGCUUCACUCCUACUUCGUCCCGAGCGAGUCGGUCUCGAUCGCCCUCCACAUUACCAGCUCGACAUCCUGUUCCCAAGCAUAUUGGGCUCAAGGCUGCACGGCAAGGUAUUUUCCAGUCUAUCUAUGACCUGUUGAAGCUGCGGGAAGAGGAACGAGAGAUCCUGUGCACUCAGACGGACGAGCGAGACAAUGCCCUCCAUGAGAUUCAAGGGUUCACCUCAACAAGGACUGGCCUGGAAGAAACCAUUUCCAAUAUUCGUAACAACCGAGAGAACCAACGAGCUAAAUCCCUGCAAGAAGAGGCCCGAACCCUCGAGACUGACAUUCGCGAACUGGAGACCAGGCUAUAUGAGAUGAAGGCUCGACAUCGACAUAUUGUCAGCCAGAUCUCUCACAUUGAGAACUCCGUCGAGGCUAAACUCUCAUCCUACACCGAAGCCCUGUCUCUCCUCCAGAAGGACAUCCAGAACUACCUCCGCGACCCUCCUGUCCAGCCUCUCUCGCAACGUAAGAACGAAUCUACAUUUUACGCCCUGAACCCGAAACGUCGGACUUUGGAAAUGGCACAAGAACACUGGCAGACCGAGCAAGACAGUCUGCAUAAACGGCAGCAAGAGGUGGAUGCCGAGAUUAUGGCUUUGGAGGAAGGAGGCGGUGUUUGGAAACAAGCUAUUGCCGACAUAUCGGGAUUUGAGAAACGGCUUAGAACGAGCAUGCGCCGCUAUAUCAAGUUGGAAACUCAAUCGAAUACUAUGGAAGAGAGUCAAGGGGGCGGGACCAAGGAGGAAAUUGCCGCAGGCGUGACAGCCGACUUGGACCAAAUCACGAAGAAGUUGGAAUCCUAUCUGGAGCGGGCCGAAAGCAAAGACUGGAAACUCCUUGUCUGUUGCAUUGCAGCAGAGUUGGAAGCGCUGCGAUCAGCACAUAAACUACUUCUGCCAGCUUUUGGUUUGGCUAUUCCCAAGGAACAAAGCAAUCAGGCCGUCUCGCCGUCGCCUGCCAGCAAAUCGAUGGGUGAGGAAUCCACAAAUUCACAACAUGCAGACAGAUCGGACGACGAGCAUGGGGAUCUUGAGCCUCCAGCCGAUCUAUUAAAGGACAGUGAUGCCCAUCACACGGGUACUGCGUCGCCUUCCGAGGACGAUGAGCCAGAUCCAGCUUGGCUCCUGCCAGAGUCUUGA